AUGCUUGAACAUUUAAUUCAUGUUAAUAGUUGGUUUCCUAAAUACGAAGUUGAACUUGCUGAACAAACACAUUAUCAUGUUUUUAGUGAAAAACCAAAUAAUACAACAUUAUCUGUUCAACAAGUCAAACAAGAAAAAGUUGAACCACCAUCAAAACAACAAGAACAGGCAAGUUUAAGUGAACAUAUUCGUGAUGUUAGAAAAAUGAUUAACAAAACUGAUACAACAACAAUAAUAUCCAAUGAAACAAAUACAACUACUGAACAACGUCUAGCAAAUAUUGAAGAAACACAUAAAAAUAUUUUACAAAUACUUGAUGAUCUUAAACGACGUGUUGAACAACUUGAAUUAAACAAACAAACGAUUAGUGCGAAACCAGUUGAACCAAAACCUGUUGCUAGUGCUGCUGCUGAUGAUGAUGAUGUUGAUUUAUUUGGUUCUGAUGAUGAAGAACAAAGUGCAGAAACAAAAAAACGUUUAGCUGAUUAUGCAGCAAAAAAAUCAAAGAAGGAACAAGUUAUUGCUAAAAGUACAAUUGUAUUAGAUGUUAAACCUUGGGAUGAUGAAACUGAUCUUGCUGCUAUGGAAAAAUGUGUAAGAUCAAUUGAAGCUGAUGGUCUUGUUUGGGGACAAUCUAAACUUUUACCAGUUGCUUUUGGUGUUAAAAAAUUACAAAUUGGUUGUGUUGUUGAAGAUGAUAAAAUUGGAACUGAUUUUCUUGAAGAAAAAAUUUGUGAAUUUGAAGAUUAUGUUCAAUCGAUUGAUGUUGUCGCAUUCAACAAAAUCUAA